AUGUCAUCAUCCUAUGCUGCCGCUCUGUCAGCCCUCAUAACUUCCAACUCCGCUGAUCAACGUAUUCAACUAAGCGAUCACUCUGCCUCUGAGCCCUCAGCCAACCCUGCUCAUCCACGAUGUCCUCCAGUCGAAGUGCAUCCUGCCCCGUCUGACCCCAGAGGGUCAGACGAUGAACAGGAGAACCCGGCAGAUUAUGGGAUAGGUGGUUAUUAUCCUGUAGAAAUUGGAGAGAUUUUUGAGGACCGAUACCAGGUGGUCAAAAAGUUGGGAUGGGGUCACUUUUCAACUGUGUGGCUCUGCUGGGAUAUGGUGAGAAGGCAUUUUGUCGCCCUGAAGGUGGUGAAGAGUGCUCAGAUGUAUACAGAAACAGCAAUAGAUGAGAUCAAACUUCUGAAAUGUGUGAUGCACAGUGACGCCAGAGAUCCUAAUCAUGAGAGAAUUGUGCACCUCAUCGAUGACUUCAGGAUCUCUGGGGUGAACGGAGAACAUGUCUGCAUGGUCUUGGAGGUGCUGGGCCAUCAACUCCUGAGGUGGAUCAUCAAAUCCAACUACACUGGUCUUCCACUUCCUUGUGUCAAAAGCAUCAUCAGACAGGUUCUGGAGGGUUUGGAAUACUUGCACACAAAGUGCAAGAUCAUACACACUGACAUCAAGCCAGAGAAUAUCCUCCUGCGGGUGGAUGAAGUUUAUGUUCAGAAAUUGGCAGCCGACACCAAACUGUGGCAACUGCCAGAUUCCACCGCAGUCACCAGAGAACCAAAGAGCUCACGGGGCAAACAAAAAAAGAGUUUGUCCAACUUAUUGGGAAGACUGACAGGGGUUUUCCACAAUAUCGGGAGUUGGUCCAGCAAGGCUUCAAGGUCGCAUCUAAAAGGACUGAUUUGGACGGAGAGGAAGCAGCGAGCCAAGGUGGAUGCAGCUGACCACAGUCAAAAACAAGCUCGUGGUGGCCUUUCAGAGGCACAAAGCGCACAAAGCACCACCUGCCAAUCACUGCUUCCGGGUUCUGAUCUCACAUCAAGGCGGCAGACCAUGUUCGUGUCUGACGGGGUGGACUCACCUUUGCUCAGUCACAGAAACUUCAGCUCUUCUUUGCCAGACAUCACCCAAGACACGACCUUUUCCAGGUCCAGAUUGCGAUUUUUACACCAGACGCAAGAAAAGCAAUCAUCCCCUGAUGGAGUCAGUGACUGUGAGGGGGCUCUUGACCUACUGCUGCCACAUAAUGCUGACAAGCUGCUCAUUAAAAUUGCUGACCUGGGCAAUGCUUGCUGGGUGCACAAACAUUUUACUGAGGACAUCCAGACAUGUCAAUACCGCUCAGUGGAGGUCCUGAUUGGUGCCGACUACAGCACCCCGGCGGAUAUCUGGAGCACUGCCUGCAUGGCUUUUGAGCUGGCAACAGGCGACUAUCUGUUUGACCCUCAGUCAGGUGCCACAUUCUCCCGUGAAGAAGAUCAUAUUGCGCAUAUUAUCGAGCUGCUGGGACCUCUUCCUUCCCGGUUUGCCCUGUCAGGGACAAAAUCCAAAAGAUUCUUCAACCACAAAGGACAACUGAGACGCAUCUCCAAGCUGAAGCCGUGGAGCCUGUUAGAAAUUCUGUUGGACAAGUACGAGUGGCCACGGGACGAAGCCGCCUGGUUCAGUUCGUUCCUCUCCACCAUGUUGCAUCUUCAGCCGGAAAGAAGAGCCACAGCUGCUCAGUGUUUGAAGCACCCGUGGAUCACACCCUAA